AUGAGUGAACCCUCUCUCAACUUCCAUAUCCAAUCGCAUCUGACACAGUUCCGGAUCCCUACCGAGCUAAUCAAGAAGAACUUCAAGACAAUCCAGAAACUUGUAGAGAAACAGAAAAAGCAGAUGACCGACGAUGUUGCCAAAAUUAAGAAAAAUCCAAAUAUCCCCACAGCCAUGAAGUUGGCCAUGGUUCGUAAGAGUAUCAAGAGCUUUGAGGGAUUCCAGAAGAAGUUGCAAGCUUCUAUUGCCAAGGACGAAGAAUUGCGCUCCAGGCUUAUUGCCAGGAUAGAGCAUUUGGCACUCAUCAGCGAAUACUGCAUCACUCAGGAUAAAACCAAGACUCAAGUGGAAAAGCCAUCACAGCCACAGAGCCAGAAUGAAGAUACAGAAGAGAAAGAACACUCCACAAAAGACGACAACGACAAGUACUUGGAUUUGCAUAACCCGAAUCUCAUCACAUGGUAUCGAGACCAGACGAACUUGCUCAUUAUCGACUAUCUUAUCAAGUCCAAUACGAGAACAGAUCACAAUAUAGGCUUGCUACUCUUGAAGAGUCUCUCUGAAUCAAACCCAAAGUACAUGAAGUUGAUCGACUACGACUUGUUUGAGAGCUUCAACAAAGUUUAUGUUUCCAUCAUGGAAGACCACGAUCUCACAUUAGUGAUAGCGUGGUUCAACGAAAACAGAAACUUUUUGAAGAAAGCAAACUCCAAUCUCGAGUUUGAAAUAAACUAUUGUAGGUUCCUUUCUCUUAUAGAAAAAGGAGAUGUAAAUGAAGCUAUCAAGUUCUCCAGUAUUAAUCUCUCACCAUAUGGAAAUGUUAGUAAUUAUCAAGAUACCGAUCGAGCCAAUCACGAACACAACUUGAAUCGCCUAAAGGAAAUAGGUGGCUUGUUGGUGUAUAUGGCGAUAAACGAAGAGAAGAGAACCAGAAAUGACAAGAUAGCUUUCUCCAGCAAUUUGCUCAUAAACUCUCCUCGGUUCCAUGAAUACGAGAAGCUUCUUUCUGACGAAAGAUGGGACAGUUUGUCGAUGUGUUUUGUAGAGAACUUCACGAAAUUGUAUGGUAUUUCCAAGAACUAUCCUAUCUUCAUCUACUUGUCUGCUGGUCUAGCAAGUUUGAAGACAAAGUCAUGUUAUCACAAUACGGAAAACACCAUCUUCAGGGAAAACCAGGAAAUAAAUGUCACCGAUGAAAGCAUAUACAAGAAGGACCUAACAGUAUUAACCGACAAGAAAUACAGAGGUUCCAAUCAGUACUACAAACUCUUGAACAAGAUCAAUAACUGCCCGGUGUGUUCACCUGAGUUGUACAAGUUGAGUAGAAACUUGCCGUACGCUCAGUUGAUCACCAGUAUUUUCAAUAAUCCUUUCAAACUACCUAAUGGUAAUAUCUAUCCAUUUGACAAGUUGCUCAACCCGUCCGAGAAGUAUUUGUCAGAAAAGAAUACUUUGUUGCGUAUGGGCAAAAUCAAGGAUCCUUUAACCAGAGAGAUUUUCUUGAUAGACACUUGCAUAAGAGUGUAUCCAGCCUAG